AUGCCCCGGCUUUCCUCCCCUCAAGCCCGCGUGGCCCUGGUUGGGCACCCGCAUCUGCAUGCCGUGGCGAACUCCUGCAGCAGCAGCAGCAGCAGCAGCAGAUGGAGUUUGGCAGCAGCAGCAGCAGCAGAUGCAGUUGGGCAACAGCGGCAGCAGCAGAGGCAGCAGCAGCAGAAGCAGCAGCACGUGCUUGAGAGCUGCAGCAGCAGCGGCGGCUGUGCAGCAGCAGCAGCAAUCCAAGCAGCAGCAGCAGACGGUGCAGCAGCAGCAACAGCAGCAGCAGCAAAGGAUUACCUCUAG